UAUUAUUAUUGUUUUAUUGAUUUUGUUAUUGUUUUUGAAAUGAUUGAUGAACUGGCGACCGCGACCUUGUCCAUGAUUAUUUUUCGCUGCAUUGUAAUUCUGCUUGCUGCGGUCACGACCUCGAUUUGAAUGGUCAAAAUUUCCUUUCGCUAAGAAUUUUCCGAGAUUUUGAAAGUGAAUUUGUAAGACUUGUUUGGUGAGGUUUGCUUUGAAAAAAUUUGGAUCCGACUUGACAAUUCCAUUCAAUUCAUUAAAUUUAUAUUUCAACUUGACUAAAAAAAAUUUUUUUUUUAAUUAAUUGAUUCUAUCGACCCGUUCCCUAUGUUCACCACGUAACUCGGCAAAUAGUUCAUCACUAUCCAUGGAGAAUCAGACAUAACAAGGAGGAAGCUACAUUUUUCUUACGGUUUCAUACCAAAUCCUGUUGGCUUCUCCUGAUCUUCUUCUCGAUGGCCCAUUCGACUUUCCAAUAUGCAUACAGGAAGGCUCCAUCUCCCAGGAUGUCUGGUACUGACAAGAACUUGGCUUCAAUCUCUGAAGAUCCCAUCUUGGAUUGGCGGUUGAACUAGAAUCUUCUACUGGAGUCACAUACCCAAAUGUUGAUAAGAACCAUAGUCCUCUAACUGUAUCGGACUGGCAGGAUCGCCAUGUGAUGUACCCAGCUAGGGUAGGUUCGGUCAAUCGUUAUACAGUUGAAGGAAUGGUUAAUUAAUACUCUCCAGACUCAUCAAAGGGUAUUUAUUUCUUACUGCACACUGUACUGAUCACAGAUGAAAACUCACAUGAUGUAAUUCAAGAAUGUGAGCAUCAAAUGAAUGAAUUACAGACUACUAUUGAAUAAGAUCAUUCUUACUAUUUUAUGUAUCUAGCGACAUGAUAUAUAUUUACUAUUUAUAUUGUAUAUUCACAACAACCUUGCGAGUUGAUAAAUACAACACGAUCGACAAGGGUAAAUAUAGUAAAUAUAUUUAUAUUUUAAGAUGGUGUUUGGUUAUACGGACCUUGUCGUCUCAAGUAUGAAAAUAUACAGGUUCUUCAUACUGAUACAUACUACAAAUAUUUUGGGGGAUAAAUCUGUAUAUAUUGUAAUGUAAGAGGUUUAUAGCAUCUCUUUGAAAAUUUUAGAUCUCUUAUGUGUUCUGAAUAUCAUGUUCCUGGAAAACCAAAUGGAAUUCAGUUCUGAAAAUUGGCAUGAGGUGGGUUUGGCAAGUGACCUAUUUGGCUCGAAUAUUUUCAUUGUUCAUGCAACUUCCUUUCAUGCCGGAAGUUUGACAUUACUUCGUUAUUUCAAACAGAUCACCCUAUAUAUUUUCAAUGAAUCGGAUUUAAUGGGAAUUCGAUUCUGAAAAUUGGCAUGGUUAUUACCUUACAAGAAAUAACGUUCUCCAAACUCUCAAGAUAUACUACUAUUAUAUAACCAUCAUAAAUGCUUAGAUUCUUGAUGAUAUAUAAGUUUCUAUAUUCAUCCUAGUAAUGGUCAAAAAAGAAAGCGCUAUCAUUAAGAUUUGUCAUUAGACUAUCGUUUUGCAAUAAUUGAAUUCUUCAUCAUGAUGAUCAUACUCAAUCAAUUGCUUCUGCGACUUGAGAGAGAGUAGUCGAAAUGCAGAAGAAUAAUCAAGGGAUCCAAGCUAUUGUUUUUACAAGAUCACUUUUGCAUCUGCAAGAUUUGGGUUUUAUAUCUAAAGAUGGUGAAGAUUUACCUUCGUUGCUUCAAUCUCCUUUCUUUCUAAUUUGUGUGUUCAUGAUGUUGGGUAUAAUCGGCGAUCUGUAUCAGCGUUAUGAUAGUAAGUGACAGCUUUCCACAUAAAUUAGAUUAAUUCAAUUCCAAAUUCCAUAAGAAAUCAUGGAUGAGUCUGAAACAAUUUGGGAUGAUGAAUGAAAAUGAUGCACCACUAAGUAUAACGAGAUCUUUUUCAGGAGAAAGUAUAACAGAGAUCUUCAAUAAUCUGGUCUUCCUGAUCAGCUUAGUAUUCCAAGCUUCAUUAGCAAUAAUGUUGAAUCUUUGUGGAAAACGAAGUGCAGUAUUCAAGCAACGCAUUAAUCGAUAUAAUUAUGGAGUACCGAAAAAUUUCACGCGGUUGGUAAGGAAGUUAGAAAAUGAAUCAGGUAAAAUAUACUCAUCCAUUAUCUAUGGCUAUUUGGCUUUCACGGUGAUGAAUCUCAAAAUAUACCAAGAGUGCAGUAAAAUGAAAAACGAAGAAGAAGAUACAAGGCUUUACUUCUGCGGUGUAUACAGCCGAACUUGGUAUCCUAUACCAUUAGAUUUUGUCCCUGUGAAACACAUCCUUCUGGUUCUGCAAGUUAUGGAAUUAUUUUAUUUUAUUCCAAAGGCAUCCACUGCGAUAGUGAUUUUCCAUGGAAGCGUCGUUCUGAUCGAAGAACGUAUCAAUGAUCUGAAAAGAUUCAUCAGAAGAACUAAGGUGACAGAGUCGAACGCUGAUGAGGUUAAGAACCGUCUUCUGUUUGCUGUGAAGAACUAUGCUGAAAUUGACGAUGCUGUCAAGAACAUGAAUUCCACCUUAGGAUUAAUAUUUUCACCUUUGCAACAUGCUAUUUUACUUGGCCUCUUGGUAUUUCUCGAGUUUCGAAUAAUUCUGGAAAGGAACAUGGAGUCUAUACCUCUGUUGAUUUUCUGGAGUUCUUUUCAAUGUUUGAUCUGUUGGAGAGGACAGUGCCUCGAGAACGCGAGCUCAUCUCUGCAAAGAGAAGUUUAUGAAUUUCCAUGGUAUAAUUUGCAUCCGUCUUCUAGAAGUCUCUUCAAGAUAUUCUACAGACAUGUUCAGCUAACAUUAAAGUUGAGAUCUCCGCCCUUCAUAACUUUGAAUAUGCGAUAUUAUUACGAGGUUAUGAAAGGAUCCUACUCGUUCUUGAUGUUCUUGCAUAGGUUCUGAAGAAGAUCGUGUGAGACGCUAUCCUUUGAAUUUGAACGCAAGAUUAUAUGAGUAGCUACAACAACGAGGAUGGAGUU